UGUGAAGAAGUGCAGCAAGGGUAGCUGCAGAAGAUAAGUGCCAAAGGGACCGACAUGCGAGCUCAGGUCGAUCUGCGUCACGAUUGGACUGGACUCAUGAAAACAAGUCACCUUUACUUCUCGACUGCUUCUGUACCUUGCAGGGAAUUGCUGCGAGCACCCCGCUUCAGACACACAUCCGUUGAUUCCCGCCGUCUCUGACAAUGAUGGUCAUGCUAGCAGUUAGAGUCGCUCGAUAAUUCUUCUGACUGCUCGCCCGUCCACUGCCUUGCUUUGCGUUGGUUCCGCGGUCAGUGCCGUAGGCCUGACCUGUGUCAUGGACUCACGUUAUGAGGAUGGACCCUCGCUCACGUAGGCUAAAAUUCCGACUCAGGAGCUUCGUGCAGCAUGCAGGAGUUUCGUCAGGAGGCGAUGGAGAGCAACCAGGGAAGCAUCUAAACCUCUCUGGUUUCGGUGGUCAUUGCUUUGCAGGAUGAACGAAGCGAUGUGGGGCGAACAGAUUAAUAUGUGUGCAUGAUUCUGUCUGAUGAAAUUCUAUAAACCCAGCUUCCUUUAAGCUGCCAUGAUUGAAUGCUCUGACAUAAAUUAUUCGUCGGAUACGGAUUUUAUUUCUGAAAGUUUGAUCGUCCUUUCGCAUCGAGUGACGCUGUGGGGUGCGGUAUCAUGGCCGGAAACGGUGAAAUUGUAGGCAACAAUUUAUGUUAGUUGUUACAUCUGGAAGAGAAUAAUAUAUGUGCUUGUGUUCUGUCUCACUGCAGAAAAACCAGUCUUACCAAUCAGACAUCUUUCAGCUCGCCCUCCUGUCAUGGUCAUUCGAUUCGAUGAGUUCGAAAGCUUGAGUAGUUUCUUCUAUCCUCGAAGAUUUGUCGAUAUUUCGUUGUGGUGCAAAACGCUCAAAGCUGCAUGCAACGAGUGGCCAUGAGGGUCAAACAAUCAGAAAGAGAACUACUUUCUAUUAUUGCACAUGCUGUAAACACCUGCUAACAACAAGAGCUGACGAGCUAACAUCUGAAGGCUAGCUGUCUAACUCAGCUUUGACCUUGUGAGGAUCGGAACCUGUACGCACGUUUAGUCAGAGCUUCCCGUAAGUUAUAUUCUCCACUCCAAGAGCACUUUCUGGACACCGCUUCUCAGCUUACCCGAGACCGAUCAGAUGGUCUGCGAGAGUACCUAGAAUGUCUGAGCCGAUUCAACUGAGCGUCUAAUUUAUCAUGGUUGCCUAGGACCCGCAGCAAGUGCCCAGAGAAGUGAUGAAUUGAUGUAAGAUCCCUCUUUCCGAGACGGGUAGAAAGGUUGAGAUGUGCACUUUCUCAACAAUAGCUGGCUUCGCAGCGUGCAGAAUUGCCAGGAGAGUUUCAUGCGCGGUGAAUUUUGUCUCAUGGUUCAGCUGUGGUGGAGCUCCCUUGUUCUUUCUCGAAGCCAUGGUCCGAGUAUUAGUCAAAUUAUUCUUCUCAUUCAUAUUUGCGUUUCUCAGGGUGCGAAGACCAGAGAAUUCGCAGCUUCUCAAGGCUAUCCUUCUUCCAUCAAGUCUGUCAUCACUAUCCUGAUCGAUGCAUUCCUGAAGGGCGGCGAAAAUAUUCGACGAGUUUUCUCUCUGAAUGUAGCCCGAGUAUUGCCACGUCUGUCACUCCAAGAUUUGAGUCAGAGGCUUCCGAGCUGCUGACAGAUGAACCUUGGACCCUCUGCUUGUAGUAAGCGAUGGCGACACGAAGACCUUGCCCUAAGAAGGGGACUUCGAGCACAUUUGUCAUGGAAUGCACUCUUUAUGUGGGAAACUAAGUCGCUGCAUUCUAAGCGGAGACAGUGCUCAUUCAUCGUACUGUCCUUCUGAAAGGUUCAUUAUGUUCUCAAUUGCUGAUUUCCAGUAUCUCUGGGAUACUCUAUGGAUCCUUUGUACAGUUCAUCUGAGGCCUUCGACACUCAAAAGGCACUGAUUGUUAUUUCUAAUCCUGCAUGUACAGUGUGUUGACAGCCCCCAGAGAGAUCACGUGGUGGCACCCGUGAGCUUCAGGUUGGGUCUCAUAAACAGAAACAUUAAUUCAGCUCACCAUGAGUAUUUUAGUCCUAUCUGUGCCCCUGAUCUGUCACAGGGCAGUAAUAAUCCACUUCAUCCUUCACUGGUUUAUUGCAGUUUAUUUCCUGCAGGUCCAGACCUAAACAGCAAGGUAAAAAUACAUCUCGAGGAAGCUCACCUGAAAGUCUUAGUUAUCAAUUAAGUAGUUUUCUCAUGCAAGUCGUUAUCGGAAUCUGUGAGGCAGUCUUGACGCAAGUAUGUUGACUGAAACGAAGCGAAUCCAAACC